AUGGCACGUAUUGUCCUGCAUGAUAUUGAUAAAGGAUGCAGUAAAUUUAGUUGUGAUACUUUGUAUACGACGCAAGAAGGUACAAAAUCAAUUGCCAGUAUUCUCUUUUACCAUCCAGGAUUCAUUACAUACCAUGGAACGGUUUAUCGUGGCAUAUUUGAUUCAAGAGAAUUAGCAAAUAUUCAGGUGAACCGCUGUAUUAUGACUAAUACAUUUCUAUCAACAUCAAAACUGCCCGAAAUAGCUGAUAUAUUUGCAGCAUAUAAUCGAACAGAGCACAAACUUGAUCAGGAAGAUAAAGAAGGCGAAGUAUCAAUCGGUUGUACAUUCAUAAUUAAGAAUAUCAAUGGAAAUCGUCGAGCAUUAGAUAUAAGUGGUAUAUCUGAACGUGCGUAUGAAGAGGAAGUACUGCUGCUGCCAUAUUCAGUAUUUCGGAUAACGAAAAGAGAGACAAUCGAACUUCAAAAUAACAAAGGGAAAAGAAUUGAAAUUGAAUUCGAAAAAUGUGAUCAGACACAACUAAGAGCGAGUUUCAGUUACCAGCAAAAUUUUUUUUAUUGAAAAAAUUCUCUGUCGACUAACAAAAAAAUAAUGAAUAUAUUUGACUUCAUUUUUUUUUAUUUAUACAAAAAGUUUCGGAAUUAUAGAAAUCUUGAAAGAGCUCCUUUCAUGUCUUUUCAUUUAUAGCUUGAACCGAGUUACUAUUUUUACAGAAGACAAAGAUCUUAGGCCCCGCCCGCCCCCAGAGAAAGUGAGUUGUCGGUAGGAGUGGCGAAAUAGAAGCG